AUGUACGGCCCUUCGACAGGCCCUCAGACGGGCAUCAAUACUCCUCGUUCGUCGCAAUCUCUCCGCCCUUUGACCCUCACACAUGGCGUUCUCGAAUUCUCUUUCCUAGUCCCGACAUCUCUCCACUUUCAAGCCGCCCAAUUGAAGGACACAUUCAAGGCAUCGCUACCACAACCAACCGAUGAAUUGGCCCAAGAUGAUGAACCCUCUUCUGUGGUCGAGCUAGUUGCUCGGUACGUCGGCUAUGUCGCUCAGGAAGUUGACGAGGGGGAUGAGGACGCCCACCCCACCAACUUAGAAGUUUUGAAAGUGGUUCUUAACGAAUUUGAACGUGCUUUUAUGAGAGGUAAUGAUGUCCAUGCAAUUGUUGCCGGCCUAUCCGGCAUUUCAGAAAAGAAAAUAUCGGUAGUCAAGUCAUAUUACGCCGCCCGUGCAGCAGCUGGCCGCGCUACAAAACCCUACGACUCUGCCUUGUUCCGUGCAGCCGCUGAAAAUGACGUCAAUGUAUACACUGUUUUCGGUGGUCAAGGCAAUAUUGAGGAGUAUUUUGAUGAAUUACGAGAAGUUUACACCACCUACCCCUCCUUCGUCGAGGAUUUGAUUUCUUCCUCCGCCGAGCUGUUGCAAACAUUAUCUCGAGAACCCGACGCUGCCAAACUCUAUCCAAAGGGGCUUGAUAUCCUUCAAUGGCUUCAUGAUCGUGAUUCGCAACCCGAUACCGAUUAUCUCGUCUCCGCCCCCGUCAGCCUUCCGCUCAUUGGAUUGGUCCAAUUGGCCCACUACAUGGUGACCUGCAAGGUAUUAGGCAGGCAACCCGGAGGGUUCCUUGAACGACUAAGCGGUACCACUGGUCAUUCACAGGGUGUUGUCACUGCUGCGGCCAUUGCGGCUGCCAAAACCUGGGAGGAGUUUGCAAAGGCAGCUAAGCAAGCCAUAAUCCUGCUUUUCUGGAUCGGUCUUCGCAGCCAGCAAGCAUAUCCUCGCACGUCACUUGCUCCAUCCACGCUCCAAGACUCGAUUGAGAAUGGCGAGGGCACUCCCACUCCUAUGCUAUCCAUAAGAGACCUUCCACGGGCCGCUGUGCAGGAACAUAUUGAUGCGACGAAUCAACAUUUACCUACAGACAGACAUAUCGCCAUUUCAUUAGUGAAUAGCCCCCGCAACUUUGUGGUUACCGGCCCCCCGAUUUCUCUCUACGGUCUUAAUCUUCGUCUCCGCAAAGUCAAGGCAGCUACUGGUCUUGACCAGAACCGAGUCCCCUUCACGCAGCGCAAGACGAGAUUUGUGAACCGAUUCCUUCCCAUUACCGCUCCAUUCCACAGUCCUUACCUGGCAGGUGCAUACGAUCACAUUUUAGAGGAUGUUGAAGGCAUUGAAAUUCCAGCAACGUCUCUUGCUAUCCCAGUCUAUGACACUCAGUCUGGUGCCGAUCUGAGAUCCAUUGGGGACAAGAACAUUGUUCCUGAAUUGAUUCGUAUGAUUACUCAGGACGCAGUGAAUUGGGAAACAGCUACUGUGUUUCCCAAUGCAACUCAUAUCGUUGAUUUUGGUCCUGGCGGUAUAUCAGGAUUGGGCGUGCUGACCAACCGAAACAAGGAUGGCACUGGAGUUCGUGUGAUUCUGGGAGGUGCGAUUGAUGGUACAAAUGGUGAAAUCGGUUACAAGCCAGAACUCUUCGAUCGUGAUGAGCACGCCGUCAAAUUUGCAGUCGACUGGGUUCGCCAGCAUGGACCUCGCCUAGUCAAGACAUCUGUCGGCCAGACCUUUGUCGACACGAAAAUGAGCAGGCUACUUGGUGUACCUCCAGUUAUGGUUGCUGGUAUGACCCCCACAACUGUACCAUGGGACUUCGUUGCCGCCACGAUGAAUGCUGGCUACCAGAUCGAAUUGGCCGGAGGUGGCUACUACAAUGCCAAAACGAUGACCGAGGCAGUCAGUAAAAUUGAGAAAGCAAUUCCUCCCGGUCGUGGUAUUACUAUCAACUUAAUCUACGUUAACCCUCGUGCGAUGGGCUGGCAAAUUCCUUUGAUUGGCAAACUUCGCGCGGAUGGCGUGCCUAUUGAAGGUCUAACAAUAGGUGCCGGUGUGCCAUCUAUUGAAGUUGCCAACGAGUACAUUGAAACCCUUGGUAUUAAACAUAUUUCAUUCAAGCCUGGGUCAGUUGAUGCCAUUCAGCAAGUGAUAAACAUUGCUAAAGCGAAUCCAUCAUUCCCUAUCAUUCUUCAAUGGACCGGUGGUCGCGGAGGUGGCCAUCAUUCUUUUGAAGACUUCCACCAACCUAUUCUGCUUAUGUACAGCCGGAUCCGUAAAUGCGACAACAUUGUCCUUGUUGCUGGUAGUGGAUUUGGCGGCUCUGAAGACACUUACCCCUACCUCGCCGGAAAUUGGUCAUCUGAAUUCGGUUACCCACCGAUGCCAUUCGAUGGAUGCAUGUUCGGCAGCCGCAUGAUGACUGCCAAGGAAGCUCAUACAUCAAAGAAUGCUAAGAAGGCGAUUGCUGAUGCUCCUGGUGUCGAUGAUGAUCAAUGGGAAAACACAUAUAAGACCCCGACGGGAGGUGUCAUUACUGUCUUGUCUGAAAUGGGAGAGCCAAUCCACAAGCUUGCCACUCGUGGUGUACUCUUCUGGAGUGAGUUGGACAAAAAGAUCUUCAGCCUCGACAAGGCCAAACGUGUGGCAGAGUUGAAAAAGAACCGAGAAUGGAUCAUCAAAAAGCUGAACGAUGACUUCCAGAAGGUGUGGUUUGGACGAAACUCUGCCGGGGUUACGGUAGAUCUUGAAGACAUGACAUACGUCGAAGUUGUUCACCGUAUGGUUGAGCUCAUGUAUGUCAAACAUGAGGCGCGCUGGAUUGACGAAAGUCAUAAAAAGCUCACUGGGGACUUCAUUCGUCGCGUUGAAGAACGCUUCACAGCGGAUGAAGAUCAAGCCUCUUUGCUGCAAAAUUAUUCAGAACUCAACAAACCUUAUCCCACUGUUGACACUAUCCUGUCAUCUUAUCCUGAGGCUUCGACCCAGCUUAUCAAUGCUCAAGAUGUGCAACAUUUCCUGAUGCUUUGUCAGCGACGUGGCCAAAAGCCUGUUCCGUUUGUACCCUCUCUUGACGAGAAUUUUGAGUUCUGGUUUAAGAAAGAUUCGUUGUGGCAAUCAGAAGAUCUCGAGGCUGUCUACGGUCAAGAUGUUGGCAGAACCUGUAUCUUGCAAGGACCUAUGGCUGUCAAAUACUCGAACACAAUCGACGAGCCCGUCAAAGACAUCCUUGAUAAAAUUCACAACGACCAUAUCAAAUUUUUGAUUCGUGACGUUUAUGCUGGAAAGGAAGACAGCGUCCCUGUAAUUGAAUAUUUUGGUGGACAGCCUCUUCGGUCAGAGAAUGAAGAAACUGAAAUUGAAGGUCUUGUCGUGUCGGACGACGCCAACAAAAUAGCCUACAGGCUUUCGAGCUCUCCCUCUGCAGUCCUCCCUGAUGUGGAUGGCUGGUUGCAGCUUCUUGCUGGCAAUUAUUAUUCUUGGCGACAUGCCUUUUUCACUACCGAAGUGUUCGCUCAAGGUCAACGCUUUCAAACCAAUCCAUUGAAACGACUGCUCGCUCCCACAAGAGGCAUGUACGUCGAGAUUAUAUCCCCUAACGACCCUAGCAAAACAGUCAUCAACGUCAGAGAGCCUAGCCAAUCUUCCAAAUUGGUGAAGACUCUCGAAAUCAAGCUUGUCGCUCCCAAGGAAAUUGCACUUACCAUGUUUGAAGGCCGGACCGCUGAGGGAAGCGUGGUGCCUUUAACCUUCCGCUUCACGUACCAUCCCGAAACUGGCUACGCUCCUAUCCAUGAAAUUAUGGACGGCCGGAACGACCGCAUCAAAGAAUUUUAUUAUCGGGCAUGGUUCGCCGAAAAGGCUGUUCCCUUUGAUACCCCUAUUACCGCGAUCUUUGAUGGUGGCCGUGAGACUGUUACUGCACAGGCAGUCGCUGACUUUGUGCAUGCUGUUGGUAACACCGGCGAAGCAUUUGUCAACCGCCCUGGUCAAGACAUGUAUGCUCCCAUGGACUUCGCCAUCGUGGUAGGGUGGAAGGCCAUUACAAAGCCUAUCUUCCCUCGCAGGAUAGAUGGAGACCUACUUAAACUAGUCCACCUCUCAAAUGGUUUCAGAAUGGUCCCUGGAGCUGAUCCUAUCAAGGUUGGAGAUGUUCUUGAUACAACCGCGCAAAUCAACGCAGUUAUCAACCAGGAUUCUGGAAAGAUGGUCGAAGUUUGUGGCACCAUUAAACGCGAUGGCAAACCGAUCAUGCACGUUACAAGUCAGUUCUUGUAUAGAGGUGUAUAUACUGACUUCGAGAACACUUUCCAACGAAAGGACGAGGUUCCUAUGCAACUCCACCUUGCUUCAAGCAAAGAUGUUGCUGUUCUUCGGUCAAAGGAAUGGUUCCGCGUGGAUGAAUCCGAUGUUGAACUCCUCGGUCAGACUCUGACCUUCAGACUUCAAAGUCUUGUUCGUUUCAAGAACAAAGCAGUCUUCAGCAGCGUUCAAACAAUCGGUCAGGUUCUUUUAGAGCUCCCUACCAAGGAGGUCAUUCAAGUCGGCUCUGUGGACUAUGAGGCUGGUACAUCUCAUGGAAACCCUGUCACUGAUUAUCUUGAACGUAACGGUUCUUCUAUCGAACAGCCCAUCAGUUUCGAAAACCCUAUCCCACUUAGCGGUAAAACGCCGCUUGAGCUGCGUGCCCCAGCCUCGAAUGAAAACUACGCGCGUGUAUCUGGUGAUUACAAUCCGAUCCACGUUUCGCGUGUCUUCUCAAGUUACGCCAACCUUCCGGGCACAAUCACCCAUGGCAUGUAUUCAAGCGCCGCUGUCCGUAGUCUGGUUGAAACUUGGGCUGCUGAAAAUAACAUUGGCCGAGUUCGCAGCUUCCAUGUCAAUCUUGUCGGAAUGGUUCUACCUAACGAUGCGAUUACUGUGAAACUUCAGCAUACUGGUAUGAUUGCUGGCCGCAAAAUCAUCAAGGUUGAGGUCAGAAACAAAGAAACCGAAGACAGCGUCCUACAAGGUGAAGCAGAAGUUGAACAACCAGUUUCAUCCUACGUCUUCACUGGUCAAGGCUCCCAGGAGCAGGGAAUGGGUAUGGAUCUCUAUGCUAGCAGCCCUGUUGCGAAGGAAGUUUGGGAUCGUGCCGACAAGCAUUUCCUCGAGAAUUAUGGCUUCUCCAUCAUUGAUAUCGUCAAGAAUAACCCCAAGGAACUGACUAUUCACUUUGGUGGACCUCGUGGAAAGGCCAUUCGUCAGAACUACACAUCAAUGACUUUCGAGACCGUUAAUGCGGAUGGCUCUAUCAAGUCUGAGAAGAUUUUCAAGGAGGUCGAUGAGAACACAACUUCUUAUACAUACCGAUCUCCAGCAGGUCUUCUUUCUGCGACUCAAUUUACCCAGCCAGCACUGACAUUGAUGGAGAAAGCCAGUUUCGAGGACAUGCGCAGUAAAGGCGUCGUUCAGCGUGACAGCAGCUUUGCGGGUCACUCCCUCGGAGAAUACUCGGCCCUCGCUGCUCUCGCAGAGGUCAUGCCAAUUGAAAGCUUGGUGUCGGUUGUGUUCUACCGCGGGUUGACCAUGCAAGUUGCUGUGGAGCGUGAUGAGCAGGGUCGCUCUAAUUACUCCAUGUGUGCUGUCAACCCUAGCCGAAUUUCCAAGACUUUCAACGAGCAAGCUUUACAGUACGUCGUUGAAAACAUCUCUGAAGUUACUGGCUGGUUGUUGGAGAUAGUCAACUAUAAUGUAGCCAAUAUGCAAUAUGUGGCUGCAGGAGAUUUACGUGCACUCGAUACCUUGACGAACCUCCUCAAUGUUCUCAAGGCCCAGAAGAUUGACAUCCAAGCUCUUAUGCAACAGAUGUCUCUUGAAGACGUCAAGGCACACUUGGUCCAAAUCAUCCACGAGUGUGUCAAACAAACAGAGGCCAAGCCACAGCCAUUGGCACUAGAACGCGGCUUUGCCACGAUCCCUCUUCGCGGCAUUGAUGUCCCCUUCCACAGCACAUUCUUGCGCUCUGGUGUCAAGCCUUUCCGAUCCUUCCUUCUCAAGAAGAUCAACAAGACAACUAUCGACCCCAGCAAGCUGAUCGGAAAAUACAUCCCUAAUGUCACCGCCCGUCCUUUCGAAAUCACCAAAGAGUACUUUGAAGAUGUGUACAGACUGACAGGAUCUCCUCGAAUUGCCAAUGUUUUGGCUAACUGGGACAAGUAUGAAGAUGCUAGGGACAGUGGUGCUGCACGUGCUGCCAACACUACCACCACUACUGCGUAA